CAUGACUGUCAGCGGUUAAAUUAUUGAAAAGCUGAGCUUCCUGAUUCAAACUUUUCCUGCCAUGUCUAUCAGAUGUUGGACAUUACACAGUUGUUUUAUCUUGUUAACUAGGUGACCCAGGGCUAUGGUUGAUGCAUAGCCUUACGUUUCCCUGGUUAUUGAAGUUCUGGUUGUACAGUCGAUUGAGGGAUUAGGAAGUUCUACAGCAUGAGGCGUGGGGAAGGGCCGAAGGUGGAACUGCGGUUCCUAAUAUCGACCAAAGCAGCUGGUGUAAUAAUAGGGAAAGGGGGUGAAAAUAUUAAAAAAAUUCGCGAGGAGUAUUCCGUUAAAGUUACCAUCCCCGAUAGCAAUGGCCCUGAGAGGGUCUUGGUUCUGGAUGGCGAUCUCGGUUCAGUCAUCGAAAUAUUCAGAGAAAAUCUUGAGAAGAUGCAAAGUAACCGCGAUGACGGAGUUGAUUUACGUUUACUUGUACAUCAAAGCCAGGCCGGAUGUGUUAUUGGAAGGGCUGGAUAUAAAAUCAAAGAAUUACGAGAGCAAUCAGGUCUUCAUACUCUCAAAGUUUAUCAGAUGCUGUGUCCAUGCUCUACUGACAGAGUGAUUCAAUUGGUUGGUGAUGUGGGGAAAGUACUUGAUUGUCUCCGUUCUAUAGCUGAACUUCUUGAGGGUGCCCCACCUAAGGGCUCUCGCCAGAAUUACGACGCACGAAAUGCAGAUGAAUUUAUUUCUCUUGAGUAUGGAGGCUGGGGAGUAGGCAAUCAAGGUCCUGGAUUAAAUUUGGUCCGUGGUAGGAACAAUGUUGCGAAUACGAGUUACCCCCAUAACAAUAUACUUACAACAGGGAUUUUCGGCGGGGGUGCUUCCGGAGCAACAGGACGCAAUGGUGGGCAAACGACCUCUGUUAGUCAAGCACUAGCUGGAGGUCUUCCUCACGCAUCAGCAGCAGCCAUGCUUGCUGCGACUGGUGGUCAGACAACUGGCGGACACAACCCUGGUACGGCAGGAGAUGCUGCUGCUGCUACGGCUGCAGCAAUGGUAGCCGCGGGAUUCAUGAGAGGGUUACCCAGCCGUAUGGCCAUGAGUAUAUUAACUCCGACUACUAGCACUCAGGUCUCUGUGAGCAACAAGAUGAUAGGUGCGAUCAUGGGUAGAUCCGGUUGUCGCAUAAAUCAAGUUCGUCAUGAGUCAAAUGCAGAUAUUAAAAUCAGUAAACAGGAACCCGGUGUUGAAGAUCGUAUUAUUACAAUAACUGGAACUCCUGAACAAAUCCAAAACGCUCAAUUUCUUCUUCAAAUGUGCGUUAAACGAUAUGGUGAUCAAAUCUGAUUCCUCACUAUCAUCCUUGUUUUCUUUUUCCCUAACUCCGUCUCUUGCGGAACUAAAUGAAAACCCACAUCCUCACUAAUUUUAUUAUUCUUGAAUGCUUUAUCCAAUUAUUUCAAUUACACAGAUAUGUUCUAUGCAGUUAACUUGUUAAUGUUUUGUGUUUUUGUAAAAAUUGAAAACACUCGUUGUUUCAUUCUUUACGAAUAAAAGUCGCUAGUUAAUAUGAACGUCACUGGAAAUAAUAUGGGUCUUUCUUUCAUUCAUUUUAAAAUGUGUUAUCAUAAUUCUUAUCCAUUUCUCUUCAGAAAUUAAAGUAGCGUUUAGCGCUUCAGAUAAAACGUUAUUGUUUUACUGAAGUUUAUAAUUAUCAGCAAAUCUAAUAAACGAUGUGAUAUGUAUUAAUAAUUAAGUGAAUACUUAUAGGACUUACUUCCAUAGUUCAUAAGAGUGAAACUAGAUUUGUAGUAACAGUUUAGUCAGCCUAGGGGUGUGAUCUGAGAAUCAGAGGAAUAACUCCUUAAGACAAAUCAAUCAUGACCAUUAUGUGUGCGGUCAUUUCUGCAAUAAUGACUUCCUACUUUAUAUAUCUUACUUCCAGAACUGAAAGUCCAUGUAGUAUUUCAACGACUGACACUUUAAGCUAUUGUGUGGCUGUGCAAAGAUAGGAUGACUGAAGAUCCGUUAAAGGUAAACACGCGUCACCACUACCUAAAAAUAACAAAGCUUACAUAGUUUCUAGUGUUUGUGCUUUAUUGUUACUGAACAUCGGAGCUUAACAGUGCACAAAUGACUGCUAGUGGAGAUUGAUUGGAUGCUGUAGCGAUCGCCCCAACAACAGUAAAACAAACAUUUAUGUAUCCUGAGAAUCCUCUUCAGUUGACCGUCUUGUAAUAUCGAAAUACCUAUUAUCCAAUCAGCGCUAGUCGAUACUUGGAGAACAAUCUAUGGAUCUUCUCAUGUAGAAACUAUAAAUAUACUAACGUUUUUCCUAUUGUGCUUCUUACUUCCAUUUAACCUUGUUAUUUGGAAUAUAAUCUCUUUCCUGUUCAACCGUGUUCUGAUCUGGGGACCUGUCGAGUGAAUUGGUGUCUGAGAAGACUAAGCAAUAGGAAUAGCCGGGUUAUAACCGUAAGAAUGAAUUAUAACACCUAUGUUAAGGUUGUGUAGGGAACAGGUUGCAUUAAUUUCUGACUAAGUAAUUCCAUGAGCUGACUCGAUUGUAUGGAUGAAAUAAAACCAAUCUUCAGUCAAGGACUCAGCAUAAGCUACAAUAUAACAUCCUGAUUGAGUGACUUAUUUAGCUCUUUUCGUGAUAAACUGCUCGUAAUCAUAAUUAUUAGCAAAAUAAAACAUUUGUUCUUAUACAAAAUAGACAUGAUAAGAGAUUAUUUUGUACUAUAAAGCCAAGAGAAAACCGAAAGAAUUUAUGUUAUUGAUUGAUUUGUUACUUUUAAAUCACCGUACGUGAUUAAAGUUCUUCCUCUUGCAUCAAAUUUGGAUCGACAGUUGAAAUGAUAUAAAUUUUCGUUUCUGCCAAGACUAAUUCUUAGCUUACGACUCUUAACAGCUACCUAAACAUAAUCCGCCUUGAUUAGAGCUAUUACGAUUUUAAGAGGUAAUCUCAAUGAAUGUAAUUUAAUGCAAUGAGAAGCUUAUCAGAUCUAUACGAUAUGUUAGAGCAAUACAUUUCGAACAAUUGCACAGUUCUGAUAAAUCCCGUCUUAUCGUUGUAUUUUUUGAUUUGUCAAAGGGACUAACUUUUAACUAACAAAUCUAGUUAGUUUCGGAUGGGUUACAGUCGAUUUGCUGAACACUGAAUCCAUACCAUAUCUCCUUACAAAAACAUAUAUUUCCGUGCUACUAAGGAAAUUAUCUCUAGUUAUCACUACGAAUAUAUGUUAUCUAUUGUGUUUACUCACUCCGGUCUACACGUGUUUCGUAUUCACUAAGUUUAAGGUGUUUCUCCAGUAACGCUUAUUUUAAAAAGGCGAUUAAGUAAUCGAAUUUCUUGGUCAUUAACGAUAUCUCAAUACAAAGUCGUUUCGCACUUGCCACCUGUGACCUUGCUGCGACGUUCGACUUUUACAAAGAGUGAGCUUACCAUGAUAUAUCCAACUGUCUUGCUUCGUCAAAUACUACAAGUAAACGUGCGAAGUAUACAACUUUUUAAAGGCUGAGUGCAAACUUCUACCCGAGGUGCGCUACAUGGCAAGCUGGUGUUUGGCGAGUUCAGCUUGGUCCUUCGAAUAGCUGCGCAAUAUACGAAAAUAAAUGUGCUAGUGCGUUGAUUGUGUGGUGCGAUCAUCUUCCUAAACGUCUUUUCAGUACUAUAUAUAAAGAGAUAGGAAAGUAAACUACAAACUAGGCUUUCUAUCUACUUGAUUGAAACAUUUGUCUUAUGUAGUAGAUUAAUACCGAUAAUUCAAUUCCGCUUUCAUAGAGCUUACGAAAUAGCACCCUUAAUAUUUUAUAACCUCUUUUCCAACAUUGUGUCCCGAAUCGAGCUUGUAGAACAGACAAGCGGUGGUGAGAUCAGUUAUGACAUGACAUGUAAAACUGAGGAUUCGAAAGCUAUGAACCCUUUCGACAUAACUUUGUCUAACGGUGUUUACAUGGGUUUUGUUUCAUUAUACACCCUAAUACUGCCGGAAAUCUUGCUUCUACAUAGUUACACUUCAUUACAAAAUCCGAGUCAAGUAUUUUGAAAUCGAUAUUUAAGCUCUCGAUCUUCAAGACUCAUGCUUUACGAGUAUGGGUUCAUGGUGGGACUGUGGGAUCAGCAUCGUAACGCCGGUAAACUAUUGCGCAUUGUCAAUUAUAAUCUAAAAAUUAUCGUAUUUCUCAGGGUUGGCUCCUAUUUCUUAGAAUUCGUGUUCAGGGUCCCCAAAUGCCCUGGUACAGCCAGGAGUGGGGAGAGUCAUCUCUCCCUCCCGAAAUGCUCACACAUGGCCACCGUGUACAGCCACUUCCAGAGAAGUCCUAUUCACUGCAUUCUCACAGUAGGGGUGUUUUCACGAAAUCGAGAGGACGAGAAGCGAAUAUCCGGCGCUCUAACCGGCUUGGUAAACACGGGGUUCACUUAGGGAGUUGAAAAACGCUAACCAAUGGUGCAUAUGAGCUCCAGGAUCCUGAAGGAACAACUGGCAUAUAAACCAAUCGUUGGUCACCGGCUCUCAUGGGACUGCAUCUCAUUACGUUGCUCCACUGCCUUGUGGAACAGACCUUUAGGUCGAAGGCUCGGGGUGUGGCGCCUUAGGAAACCACUUGCUUCCGUCUGGGCACCCGGGCAGUAUCUUAGCCCACACACAAAUCAAGUGACUUGUGUGGCGCAUAUGUAUUCGGUGCCCCUUUAUACCAAUAUUUAUGUGUUCAGAUAAAUUCUGUGUUCGGGAACUGACUAUUGUAGAGGGGCUUUUGUGAGAUAAAUGUAUUUAGAUUUCCGUAGAAAAUAUCUUGUGUUGUGACAUCGUCCUACUAUGGCAUGACAUGCGAGCCCUCAAUUAUUUGGCGCCUAAUGUUCGUUUGUAUGUGGUUCGCCGCAUUCAGGUCUUGAAUCAGUUGGUAAUCUAAGUGCUUGUUUAUAGACCUAGAUAAGUGAAGUCGUCUUCGUAAGUUCGGUUAUAAUUGUCGGAUUUGCAGCAGUUCUACUUCAUACUUACGGAGUUCAUCCCUUUCAAGCUGAUAAUGCUUGACAAUUGUAUGCUCGGUCAUUAUCUCCUUCGUGGCAUCAGUCAUAUGCGUUUGUUUAGACAUAAAAAGGCUUCUAUAGUACGUGCUGCUUGUUGAAGUCAUUCGGAGGGCCAGUAAAUUUCAAGAAUGGACAACCACAUGUUUUUGAAUGGAACUUUUCAUCAGUUAAUCUGGUUAAGCUCAUGUAAAAUCGAACCCAGAAUAUUAGUAAACAGCACUUACCAUGAAUAUAGUAGGUCCCAUUAAUAUGAAAACGUUUACUGCCGAACUUUCAGAAUGCCAAACACCUGCUUAACAUCAACUUACGAAACGAAAAGAAAGCUG